GAAUAUCUUCAGUCCUUGAUCUGUUCUCAUUUCACUAUACUUACUUUUUUUCCUAGAUCGCAGACUUGGGGCAAUCCGACUCUCCUGUCGUCUAUCAUAUACGAAAGCUCAUCUACGAAAGCAGAUCUCAAUCCCUUCGUCUGCGGGGCCGCUAUCUCUUCCCGAUAAUCGCUCCGCGGGGUUCGCCGCAUCGGUCACCAUGAGCGCCAUUCUAUCGGCAGACGACUUGAACGAUUUCAUCUCGCCCGGAGUCGCGUGCAUCAAACCGGUCGAGACACUUCCGCAGAAGGAGCCUGCAAACUCAGAGAACCCAUAUGAAGUCACCAAAGAAGACAAAGUCCAGCCGGAGAUUGAGAAUGCUCCGCCAGCGGAGAUCUCGCUGACGGACUGCCUUGCGUGCUCGGGAUGUGUGACGUCGGCCGAAGCGGUUCUAGUGUCGCUGCAAUCGCAUACUGAAGUUCUGAAUAAUCUCGACGCGCACCCGGAGAUCCCUGUUCAAACUACACAAAAUGGAGUCACGGCGGAUAUCAACGGCGCAUCGUCGAGUGAAGGUCGCAUCUUUGUUGCAAGCGUCAGCCCCCAGGCAAGGGCCAGCUUGGCAGCUACCUAUGGGAUCUCCGAGAAGGAGGCAACGCACAUGAUCCAGCAGUUUCUCAGCGGUCCGCAGGGGUUGAGGGCUGGAGGCAAGCACGGGAGCGGCUUUACUUGGGUAGUCGACACCAACGUCUUGCGCGAAGCCGUUCUGGCUCUCACCGCGGACGAGGUCGCGGAUACUUUAGCAUCGAACAACGCGGGCAGCAACCUUCCUAAGCGGCCCAUCUUAUCCUCGGCCUGUCCAGGGUGGAUCUGUUAUGCUGAGAAAACCCACCCGUUCAUCCUCCCGCACCUGUCGCGCCUCAAAUCACCUCAAGCACUGGCGGGCACUUUCUUGAAGAGUGUCUUGAGCAAGGCCCUCGGCGUCCCUGCUUCUCAGAUAUGGCACGUGGCGGUUAUGCCUUGUUUCGAUAAGAAGCUAGAAGCCAGCCGAGAAGAACUCACCGACGCCGCGUGGAACCCAGACGCCGCGCAGGAUUCGUCCCCGGUGCGCGAUGUAGAUUGCGUCAUUACUUCGCGCGAACUGUUGACCCUGGCAUCCGCACGAGGAGUCUCCCUUCCCUCUUUACCGCUCAAAGCCCUUCCCUCAUCCUACACCCCGACGUUCCCAGACGCCGCCCUGAACUCAUUCCUGUUCUCGAAACGCCUAUCCCCCGAGCAGUCGACAGACGCGUCCACCUCCGGCGGCUAUCUCUACCACGUGCUCCUAUCCUUCCAAGCCCGCCAUCCAGGAAGCCAGAUCGUCGCCCAGCGCGGGCGAAACGCAGACGUAGUAGAAUACUCCCUCAUAUCCGCAUCCAACGAGCCCCUCCUCAAAGCAGCCCGCUACUACGGGUUUCGAAACAUCCAGAACCUCGUGCGGAAGCUCAAGCCCGCUCGAGCCUCUCGCCUCCCCGGCGCAAAAGCCGCCGCCGUAUCCGCAAACCGGCGCCAACCAAUGUCACGCAAUGCAGCCGCAGGAUCAGGGCCCGAAUACGCCUACGUCGAAGUCAUGGCCUGCCCCGGCGGCUGCACGAACGGAGGCGGCCAGAUCCGCAUCGAGGACGCGCGCCAGGCUGCUACUACUAUCUCCAGCGCAGAGUCGACAGCGGAGGGUGUUCCGUCCAAGCCAUCCCCACACGAACAGCGCGCGUGGCUAGCUCGUGUAGACGAAGCGUAUUAUUCAGCCGACUCCGACUCGGAGGUCGCCGCACAGCCCCUAUCUAUCAAGGACAAGGAAGAACAGAUCCACCAAGCCCUACAGCGCUGGUCAGAGCUGAUCGACGUGCCUCUGUCGAAGCUGAUCUACACUACCUAUCGCGAGGUGGAGAGUGACGUGGGCAAGGACAAGACGGCGGCGCCUAAUGAUACGACGCGCGUUGUGGAGCUCGCUGGGAAGAUUGGCGGGGGGUGGUAGGUAGUGUUGGAGGUUUACGAUGUAUAUACCUUAAUGUUUGGAGGAUGGAUGCAUUUUAUGAGUGAGUUUGGGACGGACGGAUUGCAUUUGCAUAUACCAUAGAUACUAAUAGAAUUCUG